GGGCACGUCUCGUGAGGCAGGCAGUCAGCGCGGAACGAGCGGCGCGUACGCACGUCGCGGCUUCACGCAGUCGGAAUACGAUCGCGGGACCCAUAUUGUGUCGUAAACUGUCAAUCGUGCCCGUUACAAUAGUGUUUCAUAACAGUUCAGUGAUUUGUUUUAUUUUAAAGGACAUCCCACACCAACGACUCUGCAAAGAGAUUAUCGAACAUACGUCUUAAAUGCCGCCCUCGACCGGGGCCCGUUGCAGAGACGACGAAUAAACGAGUAACAAGUCGACAAUGUGACGGAUUGUGACAGUUUCCCGCCGAAAACUAAACAUCCACCAUUUUGAUUUUUUCGAACACAAGUGUUGCCAGCCAAGAGAUGGCGUUAUUAUGGUGUGUGCUGGCGUGCGCGCUGGCCAUUGCGCAGGCUCAGUCGAACUACGGGUCCCAAGCGAACAAUAUCGAAUACCAGGGAGAGGGGCUCCCUGAACAAACCGUUCUCGAUGGAAAGGUUACAAAACUCGAUGAUUUGAGUCCAGUGAUAUUCUUGAACCGAACGAAGGCUGCCCUCAACUGUGCCGCCGGCUCUAUGCAGAUCGAGUUGAAAUUCAACGAGAAGUUCUAUGGCAUAGCUUACGCGGACUUCGACCGUCACUCGGCCUGCCAGGUGCAGGGCAAGGGGGCUCUCUCCUACAAGCUGGAACUGCCGCUCAAAGGAUGUGGCACCAAACAGGAUCCUCUGCGAGUGUUCACCAACAACAUCGUGGUGAGGUUCCACCCAGGGUUAGAGAUGGACGGAGACGAGGUCAUCACCAUCGUCUGCCGCUACCCGCCGCCCAUCGUGCCCAAACCCGUCUUCAACCCCCUUAUCUUCACGCCAGAGACAGGUCCCCUCCCUGCGAAGGCACCUCUCGCCGGCACCCACAUCUUGAUGAUCAUCUGCGCGAUCCUGUUCCUCACGCUGCUGCUCCUGGGUCUCGGAGUGUCCUACCUGUGUCUGAGGAGACGAGCCCUCCCAGCGCCGAGGAGGUUCAUCGAUGACUCCUCUGCUUCUAUUGUUAGCAGGGAGAGUAUUCAAGAGGUCAAGAUCCCCCGAGCUCACCCAGUGUACCCGGCGGCGGCAGAGGUAGCCAGCGUGGCGUCCGACACGAUACCGUCCGACUAUCCCUCGGAGACUCCCAGCGAAGCCGAGCAGGCACACAGUAACGCUGCCUUCAUGAUGGACGAGUCUUACCAUAGCGAAGGCUACGGCUCAACCCGCGAGGCAAUAACGCAGAACGCCCGCCUGGUAUCAGGCGCGGCGCCCGCCUUCGACGUGCGCGUGCGCGUGCAGCGGCCGCCCGCGCCGCCCUCGCCGCCCUCCACCAUCACGCUCACUGAGACCGACGGAGGCAGUAUACGACAAGCAGCGACGUUCCUCUCCGAGGAACACGAGCGCCAGGAGGCAGUCCGCACAGUGUCGCCGGUGGCCCUCCCCCUCCCCGCGCGUGCCUCCCAGUUGCCUCCUCCAGAGAGACCUCCGAGACCUCCUGCAGUCUACUCCCAGGUUAACAGGGAGAAACAGGAGUGGUCGAGACGUCCGCGGUCCAUCGUGUCCUUGAACACUGAGAUGACCGACACGCACUCUGUCACUGAAGUCACUGACAGAUCACAUGCAAGGAUGUUCCACAUCAAGAAACCUCCUCCACCACCUCCUGUAAUGAGGGAGCGCUUGGAGACUGAAGAACAGGAGAUGCUGAUGGAGAGUCUCGAGCCCAUCCCGGAGACACCCAUCAUGCCAGCCAGGAAACCCGAAAUCACAUCCCACGUAGUAGACGACGUGUUCCUCCGCACGAUCACCGAAAAGAAGACCAUAGAAGACAUUGAGCGCCACAAGCGGCUCGUGACAGAAUACAAGCAGGUGCCGGCCCCUCCGCCACAGUUUGACGUCACUAUACGGAACCACACGGUGCCUGAGGCCCAGUGGGAGAACUUCUCCGACAUCAGCUCAGCAUCAGGCAUGACGCUCACUCCGAAGAUGGAGAGGGUCCCUCUAUCGUUGCCGCCGCAGAAGUACAUUGGUAAAGGCGGCCCCGACCUAUUCUCCCCCGAAUUAAUCAAGCAGACCGACCGGUCUACCCAGAACUACCAGGCCCCACCAUCAGACCUUCCACUCUUACCCGAGCUACCACCAGCUCGCAACCCAUUGUUUAGGGACGAGGAUGACGAGGAUGUGCCAGAACCGAUCCCAGCGCCACCUGUACCGAGCAACUGGAGUGUGCUUACUAGAGUCCUGAAGACUGAGGCUCAGGAUGAGGUACUAUCAGAAACUGAACGUUCAUACCGUCUAACACGCGAGGAACGUCUCCGUUGGCGUGAGCUGAUCACCCACGAGAGCACUCUCCGUCGUGAACUGGCGCGCUCCAGUACUCGCGAGGAGUUCUCCAGGGUGGCACAUGAUCAUCGAUUCGCACCACUUUAUGCUCCACCUAAGUGGGAAGUCAUCAUUCGUAUUCUGGCUCCACCGCCAGAUAAACCCAAAAACCGAUACCGCAAGAAGACAGAGUGGGACUCACGUUCUCGACGUAGUUCCUUGCCCACAUUGUACGAGUACGACAGUGACGCCACCUCGCUGAGAGAUCCGCAACGAUCGCGCCGCUCUUCAUACCGCAGUGACCACGUUGAUAUGAGGUCAAUGUCAGAGAUGAUGGUGGACUACGCGCGUGAGCAGGCAGACACCCACUCGGAAGUGUCGGGCGGCACUCAGCUCGGACGGUACUACGAUGACGACAGCGACUCCGAACAUCCCUUCCAUCAGAACCAGUCAUGGUCCCGCCACUCCCUCCACCGCUCAGUGAGCCAGCCGUCCCUGGCGCGCUCGGCCACCGAGGUGGUGGAGCAGUGGACAGCUCCCGAGGGAGACGUUACUCCCACUCCUGGACGCAGGAUUAGAGGUCCACAAGGGUUAACGACCUUCACCUCAUCUGAAGUGCGAACCUUCCAGGCGUCCCGAGAAUGGCGCGAAUAAAAUAAGUCAAGAAACGAAAAACAGAUGGCGCUGUUCGCAAUUUUACGAUUUUUAUGUACAUUGAAAAGAAAUCUCAGGAAUUGAUUGUAAUUAAGCAAUGUUAUAACAAAAUGAGUUUUGUAAGAUUUUUGUUUAAUGCUCAAAGUUACUCAAGUGAUAAUUGUUCACUGCCUUUUAUUGAUUUUCUUACAUUCCUUUAGGUUUUAAUGUAACUAUUCCGUCCAUAUGUGACUAAUAUCUAUGAGUGACGUAACUAUCAUAGAAUGUUAUAUUUUAAUAUGUAAAUAUACGUGAUGGGCAGAUUUAAGUACAAGAUUGUCUUUUCAUAUAAAAUGUGAUUUUAAAUUGGGAGAGAAUACAAAGGUACCUACUUUUCUCUUGUAGCAAUUUAUGAGAAUGAAAUUAAAAAAAAAUGAAUACUUUAUUCUGUUCAUCGCGUGGACAAUAAUGUAAUAAUAAUUAUAUUAUUGUUUAAAAAUAUUCUAAUAUUUGAAUUGUAUACCAGUGCAUAUUUCCGUUAGCAUUUAGAGUUGCAAGUGUAAAUGUUUUCGCACAAACUUCUAUUUUCAAAUAUUUUUUAUAAUACAACUUUAAAUUCUUCUUAUCCCAAUAAGUACGAAUGUACGUUGUACCAUUAUUUUUUAAAUACUUAACAAGUUUUAUAAUGAUCAAUUUUAGUUUAUUAUAAGUUUUAAUAAAAUAUUAUAAUUUACUUAACUAACAUUGUGCCAAAAUGAACGAUUAACGCUUCUUUUAAAAUUCAAAAUAAUUAAAUAUUUUUAUGUAAAUUUUAAAAUAAUUUUUGCUUAAUCUUGAAAAAGAUGUUUCAGCCAUUUUUCUUUUUAUUCUUUUUUUUAUUCUGCCAAUACUAAUAUUAGUUGUAUAUAGAUAAAUAUAAGUUGAAGAUGUGUUAUACCUAGCAGUUGAGGCAAGACGGGCCAGUAUGGCGGACAUUAUGACCAAUACAAAAAAAAAAAAAUAUUAUUUUUUAUUUACAAUAUUUAUAUGAAAUUAUGAAUGUGAUGUAUUUUUGUAGACUUGUCGUAUUAAAAAAAUGCGAGGAAGAUAUAAAUAAAUCCUGUAUUUAGUUUCUGACAUUUUUGUCCUAUUAAAGAUUAAUGACCAUCAUGACAAUCUUGGGGAUAAAGUGUAUAAUUAGUUUGGUUUAUACAAAAAAAUAUUUACUUGAAUUUCAAAGAAAUAUAUUUCAUUUCGCCUAAAAUAUUCUUAUGAUGAAGUUCUUGCCUCGAUUGCUAUGUGAGUGAGGGAUACAAAGGGCAAUGGGAUGGUGCAAAUAUGUGCUCAAUAACCGGUUGUAACCAGUUUUUAUAUGGAGACAAAUAUUGUGAAAAUACUUGUAGUUAUUUGGACACUUCAAAAAGCAUUUGUCAAAUCAAUGCAUUAGAUCAGCAUUUUAUAAUAAUAAGUAAUUACAUAAUACAAACGAAUGCAAAAUUUAAUCCUAAGUGACAGUGACGUUUCAAUUCAAUGUUGCCAGAUAAAAUAAAAGGUAACCACGUGGUGCUAAGAAUAAAAAAAAUAUCUAAUAUUUUUUCUGUCAAUCGAAUUUCUU